AGUGUAUAGGUUGGCAGGAUGAAGAAAUGGCAGCCGGCACGCUGCGGUGUUGGCAGUGACCAAAAUGGCACAUUCUUCAAUAUAUUAUCGCUCACACCUCUACGGCUGGCUUUAGCAUGAGGAAUUUACUUCAAACGCCGAUAGUAUUUAAUAAAGAACGCGUUUAAGGACUGUAAACCAUGGCCAUACUGUAUGAGGUGGCGUGGCGGUUUUUACACGCGCUGCUUCAUCUCCAGCGCGCGCUGUUCACUUGGUUCCGAGUCCACAUUUGGAGGUGGAAAAGGACUUUGGUGGGGAUAUUACUGCCCCUUGCCCUCGGGUUUCAUAAUCAGAAAAAGACUGCACUCGUGGGCAAACGGAUCAGCCGUCGGGUUCGCUGGUCAGCUGAUGGAAGGACGUUAGAGAAGCUGCCGCGUCAUGUAGGGCUGUUGAACACUGAAGAGGAGAUCCACUAUACUGACAUUGCCAACCUGGUGGUGUGGUGCAUGGCAGUGGGCAUCUCAUAUGUCAGUGUGUAUGAUAAUCAAGGUGUGUUCAGGAGGAAUAACUCCAGGCUCAUGGAGGAGAUCCUAAGACAACAGCAGGAGCUACUGGGAAUGGACAGCUCCAAAUACACAGUAGAGUUCUUGAAGAAUGGUAUAGACAAACAAGAGCAUCAAGUGUUAUCUUGUCAGUCAGUGGUAAAGGUCUUAUCUCCAGACGAUGGACAGCUCAGUAUUGUCCAGGCAGCACAACAGCUCUGUAAGGCCGUCGAGCGGAAAGAGAGGACAUCCAAAGACAUCAAUGUCACUGUGCUUGACUCAUUACUCAGAGAGACAAAGAACAUACCUGAUCCAGACCUGGUGCUGAAAUUCGGCCCUGUGGAAAGUACACUUGGCUUUUUGCCCUGGCACAUCAGACUAACAGAGAUUAUUUCAUUGCCGUCCCACAUGGACGUCUCUUACGACGACCUGUUUGGUGCACUUCAGUUAUAUGCAUCGUGUGAGCAGCGGUUGGGAAAGUGAGGAACUGUCCACAGAGAGUACAGAAGGAAUUGAAAGAGAGAGAAGGGAUUUUCAUCCCUCUCUUCAUGUUUACAGUACAAGCACUGGAGCGCCUGCAAUCCGCCUGGAUCAACUCUGCUUCUCUCUGUCUAGGCCUGCCAAGCGUCUCUCUGUGUGUAUAUGUGUGAUUGUACUUGUAUGAUUGUAUGUGUGUGAGCCUGUAACUGCACAUGGAGCGGUGCUUUGGUCACUUGAAGGACACAGACGCUGCCCUACAUUAUGCCUACACGCCGGCCGGUCACAGAGAGGAUCUCCAUUUAGCCUGAAGAAUGUUAGCUAUGUGGUGUAAAUUUACUGUAAAUGUUUGCUUUUACAAUAGCUCUGGACACAUCCCUGGCGCUGACAGACUCAUUCGAAUAGGUAAGGCAUGCCCACGCCUGUGCACUGAACUCUACGGUGUGGUCUACAAUUGUGCAUCUUGCAUAGCGUGACUCUACAGCUUGCGCUGCGAGUGUUCGGAGAGGAUGUACAUUACAGAACUUUCAAAAUUAACUUUCCGAAUAAAAACGCUUUUAGACAGCUUGCAGUGCAAACGGACAAGAAUUUUCCAUUCGACAAUAUCCUGCAUGCGGAAUCUGUCUUAUUCCAACAUUAUGCUCCCAUCAAGGCUUUGCAACUGAGCUGGAAUUGGAUAUGUGUGGUUUUGUGUGUUUAUUUGUAAUUGCGUUGUCUGAAUGUGCGCUUGUGUGCCACAAAUGACAUUAAUCAGCAUUAAACCCUGAAGUCUGUAAUUCUAAGAGCAUACAUUGAUUGCUCCACAUUGUUCCCCAAAAGCUCUUGCUGUUUGAGUUAGCUCAUGGUGCUAAUUAUGUUUUUUUUAAUUUUUUUUUAUUGGUCAUCAGUAAAUAUUGUUCCAUUCUUAUUUUGUUAUAACAUGUUUAAAGAAUGUUUUUUUUUUUU